AUGACAAAUCCCAACGACCAGUCCCCAUCGGCAGCCAGUACAACAACAACUACUAAUACUACUACUACUGAAAUCAACCAACAAGAAGCACCCAACGAAGUGGCAUGGAUAUAUAGCUUUUCCGCCGCCAUGGUUCCCUUUGUUUCCUUUUGUUACAUGCAUUCCAAAGGAGGAACUGCUAGAAUUGUGGAACGUGUGGUGCGAUCGCCAGUCGGUGUUUAUGGAUUGCUCGGUUUGCCCUUUGUGUCAUUGGCCAUGGAAAAGUCUAUUUAUGAUACCGUCCAAUCCUAUCAAGGGAUUAAUCCAAAUAUACGUCCAGCCGACCGGGGUGGGUUUCCCAGUGGCGGGGCGGCACUUCCGUCACUGUCUCUGAUCCCAGUGCAAACGAGGAGCAAAGUGAUGACUGUGGUCAAAAGACCAACAACGGACAUGACAGCUUAG